AUGUCGUCAUCAUUCCGUGUACAACAUUUAUUCUCGGUAUCUAGGCUAGACACGGAAGAGAACCCAAUUCUUGAAAAGAGAUUGCAAAAUGCUCCUGCUCACUCCACACAAUUUGUACCACCACAACAACAAUUCGGAAUUGCAUUAUUGGGAGUUCAUGGAUCGGGAAGAAGCACGCUCAUGUUUCAAUAUGCGUACAGCUUGAUACGGAAUGAUCCGACGAGUAGUGUCAUGAUUUUACUUCAUCGGAAUGCUUCUCCACCUCUUCCGAUAUUUGAUGAAGAUGAUCCACAAGUCACCUCAUGUUUGAAACGAAUUGAAGUGAAAUACAUUGAUACGUAUAAUUUAUUAGUGGCUUUCUUGGCAAAUAUUCAAUUGCUGCCCGAUGAAAGCUUACCUAGGUAUAUAUUUGUAGAUAAUUUGUCAACGUUUUUUGCAGCUCAUCAGAAGGAAAAUCCAUACUUGUCGAUUGUGAAUGUGGACGAUGAUGAUGGAGAGGACUUUAACUUUGCAAUGAUACCCGAAAAUAAUGCACACAAUACUAAUCAAUUAUUGGGAUUCGGAGGACAAAAAUCAUCAUCUGCAGCCAACACCUCUUAUUCAGUGGCAGAAGCUCUUCACAUUCGAGUGUUUGCACUAUUACAAAAUACUUGUUACUUUCUCGCACAGAAAUUCCCUCAGUCCUCUCCUAAUUUUAUGGUCACAGAUAUUGAUGAGACGUAUCCAUUCUAUGCACGAUGGUGUCCACUUGUGUUGACUCUGAGUCAUUACCGCGAGAAUCAAGCAGGCACCUCAACACAACAGCCUCAACAACAACAAAACAAAUCAAACCAAUUUAUUCUCAAGGUGGCACUUAUUAACGAGAUGCAUGAUCCCUACAAAUUGAAAGCAGUUUAUGAACUGACAGAAACUGAAUGUAUUUUGAAAAAGUUGGAUUAUGCACUGCCCAAGUUUGCAUGA